CUUUCCAGCUUCGGUUUCUGGGGAGAGGGGCUCCAGGCUGCGCGGGGUUGCGGGAAGGCUCCUCGGGCCGUGGCGUGGGGCGCGAUCCUUGCGGAGUUCGGGCUUCACGGAGCACUCCGGAAGGAGAAAAAUGGGGUCAGGAGAGACUCCUGCAGUGGGGACACAGGAAUAUUUGUAUUAGGGGACAUCGCCUUUCUCAAACAUCUUGUACGUUUCUUGCUAGCCACCUGCUGGCUGGUUUUAGUUUGGGGGUGUCCAUCGCCUUUCUGGAAGCCUUUCCUCUUUUAGAGUUGAGGGUGGGAAAAGGCAAACUGCCCCAGGCGAGAUCUCCGGGAUCGAGGGGGGGCGGGGAGCUGAGGCGCGUUGGACGCGGCAGCUGGGAAGGUUCGCACCGAACCUAUGAAGGGGACAGUGCGUGGUGGAACACGGCUGCUGCUGCUUUGCAUUUUGAGGGAAUCAGCUUGGGGCUCUCCAGAUGGACUGAGUCGGGGGCAGAGCUCAUCUGGAAGUCUCUCAUUGGCCACUGUCCUUUCUAAAGAAGUCACUUGCCUUCCAGAGUCCGCCUGCACUGAGCUGCUGGGGACUGUCCGGGAGCUGAGAGAAUGGCACUCUUCAGGCAGCUCUCCCUGGGUUCCAAGGCUGCCCUGGCUGCAGCCACUGUCUUCGUGUCCAUGAUCCUCUCCCGCUCCUUUCUGGCUGAGACUCUCGAGCUCCAGGCCUGGCGCUGGCUGUUCCGCCUUCAGCUGGUCCUGUUUGUCAACUCUCUCAUGCUCAUUGGUUCCCUGUACAUCUGGCGGAGCACAGUGAGCAACCUCAGCCAUUCCCCUGCCGUGGAAUCCACCUGUUUCCAGCUUUGGAAGCUGGUUGUCAUGGCAUUUCUGGCCCUGGCACAUUCCAGUUUCUUCACCAUGCUCUUCUUGGUGGCCGAGGAACCCUACGUGUUUUCCUUAGCAGCCUUCUCCUGCCUGGGCGCUUACAUUAUCAUGGUUUUCUUCCUCUGUAUCUUGAACGCCAUGGAGCAGGCCUACCAGUUCUUAGCCUGGCGCACGGGUAGGGUGGUGGGCAGCCUUGACAAGACAAGGCACCUGGUACUCAGGCCUGCCCUGGCGGUGGCGGUGACAGCUGUCCUCAGUACCAUUGGCCUUCUGAAUGCUGCCCAGCCCCCAGUGGUGAAAACUGUGGAGGUGCCCAUCCAUCAGCUACCCGCCUCUAUGAAUAACCUCAAGAUUGUGCUCCUUUCGGACAUUCACUUGGGGCCCACAGUGGGCAGAACCAAGAUGGAGAUGUUUGUGAGGAUGGUGAACACGCUAGAUCCAGACAUCACCGUGAUCGUGGGUGACCUUUCUGAUUCGGAAGCUUCCACCCUACAGACCGCAGUUGCUCCUUUGGGCCAGCUCCAUUCCCGUCUCGGCACCUACUUCGUCACAGGUAAUCAUGAAUACUACACAUCGGAUGUCAGCAACUGGUUCACACUGCUAGAAUCCUUGCAUGUCCGACCUCUGCAUAAUGAGAACGUGAAGAUUUCGGCCCCCAGGGACCAGGACGGUGGUGGGGCUGAUAAAGAGUGGGUCUGCUUGGCGGGUGUGGAUGACAUAGAAGCAGACAUCCUUCACUACGCCGGCCAUGGCAUGGACCUUGACAAAGCUCUGGAGGGCUGCAGCCCAGAUGGUGCCACCAUCUUGCUGGCUCACCAGCCUCUGGCUGCCAAGAGAGCCCUCCAGGCUCGGCCAGAUAUAAACUUAAUUCUUUCUGGGCACACUCAUGCAGGGCAGAUCUUCCCCUGGAAUGUCGCAGCCUAUCUCCUGAACCCUUUCUUUGCUGGACUCUACCAAGUAGGCCAGGCUACAUUUGUGUAUGUCAGUCCAGGCACAGCCUACUAUGGGAUACCCAUGAGGUUGGGGAGCAGGGCGGAAAUCACAGAACUCAUCCUGUGGCGGGCUCCCUAAGCCUGCCCCAGUGGCCCUGCCCUGCCUUGUCCUUACCCAACACCUUUGUCCAUCUCCUGCUCCGCCCUGGCCCUGCCCUGCCUUGCCCUGCCAGCACCACUUUGGCCACAGCCUGCUAGAACAGCGAUUCACAAGGGGCAGCCUGACGAGUUCAGGCUGACUAAACUCUUCAGAUAAUCAGUUGUGUUUUGGUAGUACACCUGUGAGUCCACUCGGCACAUAAAUGCGAACACACAUUUGUUUUCCAGCUGCUGUAGAGAGAGGCCCUUUUGUAGAGGUAGAGUGGUUGGAAAGAACACCUCUUAGUUCAAACUCAGGGAGAGGCAGGAGCACUUGUCUCCUGUGGGUUUAACUCUGGUUAGGACUUGGGUGGGUUCUGGAAUUUCUUGAUCUAGAGACAGUUGGUGUGGGCAUGGACCAUGUUGAGAGGUCAAUCAAGAUGGGCGCCAUCCCUCUGCUUGCCAGAGGACUGUAUCACCUUGGUUCAGUGAAGGUCACCUUUAUUGAGGUCGUCAGUAGAACCCACGAGAGCAUGGGCCCUUCCUGUCUUGACCUUGAGGGGUGCUGAUUGCUGGGCUUGGUGGCUGAAGAAGAAAUCAUGGGAAUCGUAGUAGGUGACGGCUCUGCAGUCUCUUCAUAUCUUGGCAGCUCUAAAUCCUGGUUCUGUGUCAUCUUUGGAUGAUUUCUGUGUUCAGGGGUGAGGAAAGGACACUGAUAUGAUGAGGUAUGUCUCAAGACUAAGAGUGUGGUGCAGAGACAGAGCACUUGCCAAGGAGCUGCCCCCGACUUUGAGUUCCAAGCCAGCAUCACAAAACAAAACUGUAAGGUGGAGAGUGUGUGUGUGUGUGUGUGUGUGUACACACACAUACGUGUGAAUGGAUGCUAAAUCCUUCUGAAAGGUCAUUUUAUAGCCUGAUAGUUAAGUAGCUUUAUUGGUCAUGGUGAGUGCAGGAUUCUUAGUACAGAGAAACAUUAAACAAGGCCUUAGAAACCCAUGCACCCUUCAAAGUGGCUUACCUGUUUAAGGCUGGCUUCAGUUCACUCAUAGCUAGAUGGACUGAGGCCUCUAAGAGUUGCUAAUGGCAGGAGGCCAUCUGUCACCAUUGGAUGUCUCAGGAGAUUAGAGCCCCCCUCCCCAUCACCCCACGUUUGGGUCUGAGAUUUUGGUGAGAGGCUGAGGUUUCUUGUCUACCCAUAGGAAAGCUAAAGCUGAUAUGACAUUCCCCCAGGCCCUGGCUCUGGAAUGACAGGACUGGCUUACCUGGCUGGGGAGGGACAAUGGACAUGGACAUGGACACCUCUAAUCCAUCUACCUUGGCCUCUGGCAACAGAAGCAUAGGGUCAUCCCUAGGGCUUCUAGACCCACAAGAAAAACAAAGGGGGGGGGGCGGGAGAGAUG